CUUUGAGCAGCCAUACAUACAGCGCAAUUUCCAAAAGGCAAGGCCAUAUCUACACCCAGACUGCUUAAGAUUCUCAAAAUGUCCACACCGCCGAAGCUCCAGAUGAGCGAUAUCCCGCAGGAGCUAAUCGAGGAGCUGCGCCUCAAGAUCAAGGCGGACGUCGAGAAGAGCGUCCGCGAGGAGCUGCAAAAGAUCGUCCACGAGGAGGUGCAAAAGCAACUUCCGCGAGGGCCAUUUGGAACUUCAGGGCUGGGCCUGGUGCAGCUGCUGUGGGAGAGCCCGCGUGGAAAUGCGGUGCUCUUGUUUGGCCUCUCGGCUGUCCUGUUUCUGAUGCUGGCCAUCAAGCGGUUCAUGGUGCCGGCCGUCAAGUGGUUGGUGAUGCUGGCCGUCCAGUAGGGUUUGGGCUGUUGAAACUGAUCUGGUGGUGAAACUGAUGGGGGUGCAGUUUGCAUUAGUACACAUGGAAUGAGGACAAUACAACUAGCCUGAACUCCUAUGCACUAUGCACUCACAAGCUUGCAUGAGUACACAUCAUACAACACAACGUACCUGGACUGCAAUGCACUCAGAAGUCAUCAGCUUGAGUACUUAUGGAUGUCUAGGUAGAUUAGGCAUGGCCUGACAUCUGAAGGGACAGGGUGCUUCAGUGUACAGGGGUCUGAUGCUGCAAGGCAGCAUGACACAGUACUUGAACUAUAUUCUUAAGAAGCACUUGUUUUUAGCCCUAUAAAAAAACAGCCGCAGCUGCAACACACUUGUUCCACCUGAGAGGGUUUAGAUUGUGUACAAACCUAGUUUGCACGUUUGUAAUUGUUGAGGCAAGGGUGGUUGUUGAGGCAGGGGUGUCUGGCAGGCCAUGCAGGGCAACAACAAUUUCAGUUUUGUCAUCGAAUGUGGAGUCUGAGAUGAGAGGGGCCGCAUGUUGUGAUGAGGGCAUGGUUUGAUUAAGACUGAUCUAUGAACAGUCUAUGAAAACCUUGAGAUUAAUAAGUGUUUCCUAAUUAAGGAUUGACACUCUUUCAGGGUUCCCACCCUAAUCGAACAGACACCUCGGCAGCCAUCAGGUGGUCGAUUAUGUUUGGUUGAUUACAUUUGACGCUUGUGCAAGUGACGGCAGCGAUGCCGUAUGUAAAUCUUUUGGAUCAG